AUGAAAAUUUUAAUUAUUUAUGUGGCAUCAAUAUUGCUAUUCUAUUUUGUUGAUAAAUCAUUGAAUAUCUAAUUUGUUGAAUCAGAUAAGUUAUAUCGUUAAUGUGAAACAAGGCAAGACAAACAAAAUUAAAGCAUAUUAUUUUGUGGAUAUAUUUGGGAAUCUUAAGAAACAAUGGUCACUUUUUAUUUCCGUACACCUACGCAUUUAAAAUUUAGACCUGAUAUUAUGAUAUAUUACUAAUAAUUUCCUGCAGAAGAACAAUUAAGCAUAAAUGAAUUAUUUUCAGUUGAUACUAAUACUUCAUUUCCUAUAAUUAAUGAAAAUCAAGCAGGUAUUGAGGAACUUAGCAAACAUCAUUUAAAAGCAUUAGAUUAUGAAUUUAGAUCAGGAGAUACAGAUGGAAAUGAAAAUUAUUUAAUGACUCCUGAAUUAAUAACAGUUUCAGCAUAUGUUCUUUUUAUAAAGGGUUUAGACGUAGAAUUGGAAGCUUAUUUUAAAAAUAAUUUAAAAUAUUUAGAAGACUCAUUUGUAACUUUUUUGUGUUUUGUUAUUUUGGCAGUGGCAAUUAAUAUGAUUAAAGAAGGAGAAGAAGAAAAUCUUCUACCUUUAGGAAAAUACAUAAAUGAAAAUUAAUAGCAUAUGCUCUUAAUAAUAAUUCUAAUUGCUUAACCACUUAGACCAUUGUGUUAUUUUUCUGAAUUUGAAGCUGUGGAAUGGUUAAUCGGAUAAACUUGUUAUGCAAUAGGAGAAUUUUUAUUUUUAAGAUAUUUCUUACAAAUUCUUUCGUUUUUGAAAGGAUAAAAUAAUAAUACAAAUAAGGUUAGAAAUACUGUAAUUACAAUAUUUGUCAUAAUUCCAAUUAGUAUUGAUAGAUGGAUAAUAGCUUUUGAUAAUUAAUCAUUUGUAAUUAAAGACUUAGAAAAUCAAGUUAAUAAUAUUCACACAAUCAUGAUGAUAUGUUGGAUUUGUUUUUUAGUUUAUUCGUGUAUUUUUGCUUAUGAAGUCAUGAUUAGUUUUCGUUAACAAUUAAUUAGUAAUAAUAAAAUUAAUUAUUUUUAGGAGUUGAUUUAUUUUUAAUUGAUAUUAUUUUUUUUAUUGUUUAUUCAUUUUAGAAGAGCCAAUUUUACUUAUAUUACGAAAGGUUCGAUCAUCAUUUAUUUAAUCCAAUUAAUAUGUUGAUGAUGGUUUCUUACAUAGCUAUAUUAUUGGUAAUUGAUUUAACGAUGGUCUCUGAAAAAGAAAAUGAACUAUAAACUGUUAAUUAAGAUGAGGAAUAAGUAGAUAAUCUUGAUUUUACUAUAGCCCAAUAUUAUAAAGAAAGACAAGAUGAUCGACAAACAUUAAUUUGAG